AUGAAGUGGAUCCAUGCAGAACUCUGGUUGCCAUGUGUGAGAACGCAAGAUAAUAAGUCGAGUGCUGAAGAUAAUAAGAGAAGUGCUGGAGAUAAUAAGUCGAGUGUUAAAGAUAAUAAGAAAAGUGCUGGAGAUAAUAAGUCGAGUGCUAAAGAUAAUAAGAGAAGUGCUGGAGAUAAUAAGAAAAGUGCUGGAGAUAAUAAGAAAAGUGCUGGAGAUAAUAAGUCGAGUGCUAAAGAUAAUAAGAGAAGUGCUGGAGAUAAUAAGUCGAGUGCUGAAGAUAAUAAGAGAAGUGCUGGAGAUAAUAAGUCGAGUGCUAAAGAUAAUAAGAGAAGUGCUGGAGAUAAUAAGUCGAGUGCUGAAGAUAAUAAGAAAAGUGCUGGAGAUAAUAAGUCGAGUGCUGAAGAUAAUAAGAGAAGUGCUGAAGAUAAUAAGAGAAGUGCUGGAGAUAAUAAGUCGAGUGCUAAAGAUAAUAAGAGAAGUGCUGGAGAUAAUAAGUCGAGUGCUGAAGAUAAUAAGAAAAGUGCUGGAGAUAAUAAGAGAAGUGCUGGAGAUAAUAAGUCGAGUGCUGAAGAUAAUAAGAAAAGUGCUGGAGAUAAUAAGUCGAGUGCUGAAGAUAAUAAGAAAAGUGCUGGAGAUAAUAAGUCGAGUGCUGAAGAUAAUAAGAGAAGUGCUGGAGAUAAUAAGUCGAGUGCUAAAGAUAAUAAGAGAAGUGCUGGAGAUAAUAAGUCGAGUGCUGAAGAUAAUAAGAGAAGUGCUGGAGAUAAUAAGAGAAGUGCUGGAGAUAAUAAGUCGAGUGCUGAAGAUAAUAAGAGAAGUGCUGGAGAUAAUAAGUCGAGUGCUAAAGAUAAUAAGAGAAGUGCUGGAGAUAAUAAGUCGAGUGCUGAAGAUAAUAAGAAAAGUGCUGGAGAUAAUAAGAGAAGUGCUGGAGAUAAUAAGUCGAGUGCUGGAGAUAAUAAGAAAAGUGCUGGAGAUAAUAAGAGAAGUGCUGGAGAUAAUAAGUCGAGUGAUGGAGAUAAUAAGAGAAGUGCUGGAGAUAAUAAGUCGAGUGCUGAAGAUAAUAAGUCGAGAGACUGA